CUUUUGUAAAUGGCGAAUGUGAGUAGGAGGAAGGUUUGACGUUGACGCGUGAUUUUAAGGUUAUCUGGAGCUGUCAUAUACAAGUCUACGCGUCGCGUUUUAUUAUCCAUUUCUUAUUUGUCAAAAAAAAAAAAAAAAAAAAAAAAAAAAACAUUCCGCGCUGUGCGCUCGUUGUGAUGACAAGAGCUUUUAAUAUACUUAUUAUUUAUUUUAUUUAACAAUAACGAAACAGCAACUAGUUAAAAACUGAAAUUAUUCGAUUAUACACUUAUCAAUGUGAGAGAGGAACGAGAGAUAAGAACUCGACAUCAUUUGUAUCAACGAAAAAACACGAAAAUGGCACUCAUCAACAUCGAGGGAAUUGACCCUUGGCUCACCGAGUAUGACGCGUGUGAGAAGUUGUUCCGCGAGAUUAUGGAGCAGCUCACCAUGCGCAACGGGGAACCAAAAACGUCGAAAGCUUACGGCAGUUUGUCGGCCAACAUAAGGUUGCGCAUGAAGCAGUAUACGCGAGAGGUUCAGCAGUUGAAGAGCAAAGUGGAAGAAGCUUCUAAGUUAAAGACAAUAACGUUUGAAGAAGCCGAACGUAGAACAAGACAGGUGGAACAAUUACAAAGUAAAGAUAUUCAGUUGCAGAAGUUGUACGAUCCGCGAACAAGCGAUUACGCGUCAUCGCGCGCUAGUUUGUUGAGAGGCUCCUCGGCCUUUGCCGACGGUGGCACAACUUCCUGGGCUGCUGAUGAUGAGGACGAGAGACCGAUAGACGUUCAAGUAACUGUUAGCGAUCUCAUGAGCUAUCAGGACCAAGUGCUGAAAGAACAAGACAAAGGCUUGGAAGAGCUUUGUAAGGUCAUAGCUCGUCAAAAAGAAAUUGGACAGUCUAUCAGCAACGAAGUAGAUCACCACAAUGAAAUAAUCGACGAUCUGGCUGAUCACAUGGACAGGACCGAUCAAUCUUUAGUCAAUAAGACCGAACAAAUCCGUAGUAUCAGUUCCAGAGACCGCACGUGUGGUUACUGGGUGGUGAUACUUAUACUUUUCGUCGCCAUUCUUGUUGUUUCCUUAGUGUAAUAAUAAUCGUCGGAUCGAUAUUAUUUUAAUUUUGUGAAUCAUGUUUAUACUUAACAGCGAAGCGCGAAAGCUGACGCCAAAACAACAAAUAGAAAUGUAACAUCUCUCAACUCUUACUAAUUAGAACGACACGUCACGUAAUUAUUUAUAUGUUUUGUUUUCUUUUAUUGUUGAAAUAUUUAGGAAAUUUAACGUUCGGUGAUAAAGUACGUGUAUGAUACUGAAGUAUAUAAAAAAGUUAUUGUAUCAACUGAUGUGUAAUAAGAGGAAGUUUGACCAUAUGUAUUUUGUAAAUAUGCGUCUUUCUAUAUAUAAACAGUUGAGUUGUAUAUACUGCUACGUUAGAAAUAUAAAUGAUAUUACAGCCACUGACAACUGUGUGUGUGUGUUUACAAUUGAAAC